UACUACACACUUGAAUUAAUUUGCUGUUUUUUGAUAUGAAAAUUGUAUUGCUAGAGGAGUUCACAUUUGGUGUGAAUUCUGUUCCUUUCAAGAGUUGUCAUGCUUCCACAAUUGUUGAGGUUGAGAAAGAUCAUUUUUUAAUUGCGUAUUUCGGCGGAAGUUUUGAAGGAGCGCCGGAUGUCAAGAUUUGGUUGCAGAGGUACAAGGACGGGUGCUGGCAUUCCCCGGUUAUAGCCGAUGAAGAGCCUAAUGUUCCAAUGUGGAAUCCUGUGUUAUUUAAGGUUUCUAAUGAUGAGUUGCUUCUCUUUUAUAAAGUUGGGCCGGAUGUGCAAAAUUGGAGUGGAUGUAUGAAGAGAUCUCUUGAUGGAGGUACUACUUGGACGGAACGCGAACAGCUCCCUCCGGGAGUAUUGGGACCAAUCAAGAAUAAGCCAAUCUUGCUGCAAAAUGGGAAUUUGUAUUGUGGAUCGUCUGUGGAGAGUUGGAACUCAUGGGGUUCAUGGGUUGAGGUUACGGCGGAUGCAGGAAAAACAUGGAAAAAGUAUGGACCAAUAUGCAUUCAAAAUGAACCAUUAGGAGUGAUUCAACCAGUUCCGUACCUUACAGAGCAUGGCAUUUUACGUGUUUUACUUCGGUCUUUCACUGGGUUAGAGAAGAUUUACAUGUCAGAGUCGCAUGAUGAUGGAAUUAAUUGGAGUUACGCAAAACCUACGCAUCUUCCAAAUCCAAAUUCAGGAUUCGAUGGUGUCAAAUUGAAUGAUGGUCGUUUGUUGCUUGCUUAUAAUACAAUAUCAAGAGGUGUGCUUAAUGUAGCUGUUUCUAAAGAUGAUGGUGAUUCCUGGAACGAUUUGGUGACAUUAGAGGAGGAUUUGGGUAUGGAAUUCUCUUAUCCUGCUGUAAUACAAAGUACUGAUGGGUUAGUACACGUUACUUACACGUACAAUAGGACCCAAAUUAAGCAUGUUGUUAUACAGCCUUUAGAAGCCUAAUAUACAUGCUCUGGUGGAUUUCUUUUUUCAUUGUUAUUGAUCUUUCAAAUUCAAGUGUAUCGUAUUCUCUGGUGAUAGGUAUCUUUUGGUGCACACCCCUGCAUAUAUAGACACUUUAGUCACCUUUGAAUGACAAAUUCAUAUCUAGAUAA